AUAACGAGAAAUGUGACCUUCUGUCGCUGUGUGACAGACAGCCCUUGUAUUAUUAUUCUAAGCGUCUGGCUGCGAGUGCUACCCAAAGACAGAAUCAGGCGAGCCUCUUCACGAAAUGGCUGAAAAUAAAGGGCCCCAACAUCACAUGUCUGAGGGUAAACAAGCGAAACUUUACAGCGCACCGGCCGUACGUACACCAUCACUGUCUCGACUUGCUGACAUCGCAGGGGAUCUCGGGCUUGAUCUGACCAAUGAAGAGCUCCAACAGUACCAAGAGAUAAUGUCUGGGAUGUUCAACACCACUUUUAAAAAAAUUCAUGAGUUAGCAGAGCCCAAGCUACCCAUCAAAUAUCCCCGCAUUACUGGCUACAGACCUUCCAAGUCACAGAACCCUCUAAAUGCUUGGUACUGGUGCUGCGAUAUCCAGGGUGCGGCCAGCGGUAAACUCCAUGGCAAGACCAUCGCCAUCAAAGACAAUAUCCCUGUUGCUGGGAUCCCAAUGAUGAAUGGGUCCCGGAUAUUAGAGGGAUAUGUCCCGGAUGUGGAUGCCACCGUAGUUACGCGUGUAUUGGAUGCCGGAGGGCGGAUCCUUGGCAAGUCGGUUUGCGAGGAUUUCUGUUGUUCCGAUGAGAGUUUUUCUACCGCCACUGGCCCUGUAUUGAAUCCGCUGGACACCACGAGGUCUGCUGGCGGCUCAUCGAGCGGGAGUGCAGCUUUGAUUGCUUCAGGGGUCGUGGAUAUGGCUAUUGGGGGCGACCAAGGAGGCUCCAUUCGAACGCCCGCCGCGGCGUGUGGGAUCGUUGGCUUGAAGCCGACUUAUGGCCUUGUUCCGUACACAGCCAUCAGUUCUAUAGAAAUGUCACAUGACCACUGUGGGCCUAUGGCUAAGACAGUACAUGAUACCGCAUUAUUGCUCGAAGCUAUUGCUGGCCUGGACAAGGAGGGACUGGAUCCAAGACAACCACGUGAUAUGCCAGUACAACCGGUAUAUACUAAAAGGCUAACUGGUGUGAUUUCUGGGGUCCGCAUCGGUCUAUUGAAGGAGGGUUUUAGCUCUCUGGUUGAGCCAGAUGUCAACGUGAUGGUGCGCAGAUCCGCUGAGCGACUGCAGCAGCUGGGUGCAGUAGUGGAGGAUGUAUCUGUUCCAUGGCACUCGCUCGGUGCCGAUCUGCUGAUACCCAUAUUCGUAGAGGGGGGCGCAAACACCAUGUUCGACAGAUUUGGCGGUUCCAGUGGUCUGGCCUAUUAUAAUACCCACAUGCAGCUCGCAGUCGCAAGAGGGCUGAAGACGCACACCAACGAUUCCGCGCCGACUGUGAAACUCACGCGAAUGAUGGCGCGCUACCUGAAGGAAGACUACUAUGGCGUCUUCUACAGCAAGUCCCAAAACUUGAGGCGAGAGCUGACGCGUGCGUAUGACGAGGCGCUCUCCAAAUAUCAUGUGCUCAUCAUGCCUACGGUUCCUAAGAGGACACCGAAGAUUCCAGAUGGCAAGGUGUCAAUCAAGGAAUUCGUGCAUACAGCCUUUCUCCAAACAUGCAACACGGCUCCCUUCGAUUUGUCUGGUCAUCCGGCGCUGUCCAUCAACGCGGGCUCAUCCCACGGGUUGCCUGUGGGAAUGAUGAUAGUCGGACGCAGGUUCGACGAUGCCAUGGUGCUGAACGUUGCGCAUGCGUACGAGAAGCUCAGAGAUCAAUUCUUCUCAUAAAUGAUAGUAGCAUCUGAUGCAGUUUGUAGAAUUUAUCUUAUGUAUUAUCUUUUUACUAUUAAGACAAAGAACAACUAAAAAUGGGCAUACCUUAAGAUAGGGAAAUGCUCGGACUAUAGCAGACACGAGUGUUGCGUGAUAACAACAGGUUACAAGGAAUGUGAACACUGUUCUACUAAAACGGUGGAUUUUCUUCA